AGGACAGAACAAGACAGGGGACUGACAGCAGUUCAGUAGUGCCUGGUGCGGAAGGGAACGGGCUCAGAGUGUGUGUGUGUGUAGGAGUGUAUCUUUGGAUUUUUAGGGUGUUGGGAAGGGAGGUCCGAGCCGGGCCUUGUGACGGCACAUCUUUAUCACCACUGACAGGAAGGAAGGGUUUUCACCAGAGCCAGAGGGAAACCACACACACACACACACACACACACACACACACACACACACACACACACACACACACACACACACACACACACACUCCUCCCACAGUGGCUGUUCCUCUAAAAGGCUGCCAGCUCUUUGAUGUUCACUGAGCGUCUUCUGAAGUUCGUAGGAAUGAACUUUGACUUCACACACUCUGGCCCUUAACCCUGAGGAAGAGGAGAGAUGAAGAAGCACUUCACGACCAUCCCACUCAUCCACGUCACAGAGGCGGAGCGUGGCAGCGAUGGUAACAACAUCCUCAGCCUCCCGGUACCGAUGCGGCGGGGGGGCUCUGAGUCCAACCUGGUGUCUGAGGGGGGCGUGGGCCUGGACUUCACUAAGGGCCGUCUGGCCAUCGACAGCCUGCAGCAGAAGAUACUCAAGGUGACAGAGCAGAUCAAGGUGGAACAGACAGCCAGGGACCAGAACGUGGCAGAGUACCUCAAACUGGUCAACAACGCUGACAAGCAGCAGGUGGCACGCAUACGCCAGGUGUUUGAGAAGAAGAACCAGAAGUCUGCCCACAGCAUCGCCCAGCUGCAGAGGAAGCUGGAGCAGUACCACCGUCGCAUGAAGGAGGAGGCCAACGGGGCCAAGCACCCGCCCAGGGAUGCCCGGGGGGAGGGGGGCAAGGAGGGCCAAAAGGACGGCAGCCUGCGGGACGUCAGCUCGGCCAGCGCGCGCAACCCGGCAAUGGACAAGGUCAAGACCAUCGGCCCCGGGGUCUCCCUCUCGCCCCCCUUCUUCUUCAACAAGUCGCGGGAGUUCGCCAACCUCAUCCGCAACAAGUUCGGCAGCGCAGACAACAUUGCCCACAUGAAGAGCUCCAUGGAGACGGGGGCGGGGCUCCAGGCAGAAGGCGGGGGCCGGGCGCUGAGCGGCAGCGCCACCACGAUUGCCAAGGCCAAGUACCCCAGCGACGACGAAUGUUCCACGGGGACCUCUGUGUCGGCAGACUCCAACGGGAACCCGGCGGGGGGGUCGGGGUUGGGGUCAGGGGGUGGGCCGGGGAGGUCAGACUCUCAAGCGAGGCUGGGGGAGGUGCUGGAGGAGGUCAGGGAGAUUAGGGAGGCCCAGGCACAGCUGGCCGAGGACAUGGAGUCACUGAAAAGACAGUUCAAGAGUGACUACAGCUUCAUCACACAGACGCUGCAGGAGGAGAGAUACAGGUUUGAGCGGUUAGAGGACCAGUUAAAUGACCUGACAGAGUUGCACCAGCAUGAGACCAGUAACCUGAAGCAGGAGCUGGCCAGCAUCGAGGAGAAGGUGGCUUACCAGGCCUACGAGAGAGCUAGGGACAUCCAGGAGGCUCUGGAGUCGUGUCAGACGCGUGUCUCUAAGCUGGAGCUCCAGCAGCAGCAGCAGCAGACGGUACAGGUGGAGAACACAGACGCCAAGGUGCUGCUGGGGAAAUGCAUCAACAUCAUGCUGGCCAUCGUCACGGUGAUCCUGGUGUGCGUUUCCACGGCGGCCAAAUUCACCGCGCCCCUCCUGCGGAGCCGCAUGCACCUGGCUUUCACCUGCAUGGGUUUGUCCCUACUUGUGGUCAUCUGGAAGAACUGGGAGCACCUACAGUGUGCCCUGGAACGCAUGCUCCUCCCACACUGAGCUAGACUCCUCCCAUGUUAAGCUAGUCUCCACCCAGUCUGAGUUUGUCCCCCUCACACUGUGGGUUUGGCACCACCCACACCGAGCUUGCGACUUUGGAACUCUGUGACGUUGUCAUAGUGAUAGAUUAAAUGGGGCGGUGUUUACAAUGUAGCCUUACACCCCACCACCCUUGUGUCUCUCCCCCUCUCUGUCUUUUGGAGUUUGGGCAGAACUCCUUGAGGGAAAUUGUUUCUAAACGGUGCCAGUGUGCCACUACAGUACAAAUUACAGGAAAGCAAGACUGACCAAUCAGAUGGGGGCUACAGAGGAAGCAGGACCAGUCACAUACAGUAUUAUUGCGGACACUGGUCUUUGUGUGGUUGUCAAUCUCAAUAGGACAUUGAACUGCACUAUACAGGUGGUAAGCUUUGAGUUUGAGUUUAUUUAUUUUUACAGGGACAGUGCACAUUAAUCAACAUUUCAGCAAAAGUGCCGGUUUUAGCCAGCCGGCUAAUUUUCAACCGCAGUCCCUGGGCAGGUUAUUAAAAACAAUUACAAUAUAGACAAUAGCAACAUAGAACAAGCAAGACAUAGCAACAUAGGACAAGCAAGACAUAGGACAAGCAAGACGUAGCAUACAGACAGAGCAGCAUAAAACAAAAAGCAGCAAGACAAAAUUCAUAAAAGCAACAAAGUGUUUCCACACCUCACAAGCUACAGACAACAGACAACAUGGAGAGCGGCAACACACAGCUAGGGACCAUGUUCACAAAUCUGAUUGACCUUUAGCCAUGUCUUCAAGCAUUUUGUGAAAGUGUGAUAUGUGGUGCAGUUAUGUGUGUCUGAUGGCAGUGUAUUCCAGACAUGGGAAGCUCUUACAGAGAAUGCAGAUUUACUAAAGGUGCUUUUCCUUAGGGGAACUAUACAGUCACCUCUCAUGGCAGACCUUGUGGAUCUGCUGCCAUAUGUCUGGGUUUUCUGUUUAACAAAAAUAUUUACGUAUAACCUUUAUAGGGGAAACAAGGGGUCCCUCGAUUGGUUCCCUGUCUUUUGCGGAGUCGUACUUACAUCACCUUAAUUACACUAACACACUGACAGUAUUAAAGACCUCUGGCUCUGAUCCACACACAGUCUCACUCCCACCCCCCCCAAGCCACUAUGAUACACAUUCACCCACACUCCCACUGACAGGAAUGAGACUUGUGUGUCAGUGUAUGUACAGGGGGUGGGGGUGUUCUCCAUGUGAGAGAGCUUUGUCUGUGUGUACCUGUACUGUCAAGUGAUGAAAUGUUUUAUCAUUUAAAAAAAAAAAAGACAAAGGACAAUGUUUCUUUUUUAAAGUGUAAUAUUUGUCUGAGUGUCCGUGAAGGACUGCCUCUUGUUUCUGUGUGCUGGUAUACGGGUUUGUGGAUAAAUGGUGUCUUAUGUACUCUAUAUAGUCUAUUAACAGAUGCAGUGGAACUGCCACGGGUCUAGUCUAUAAGGGGUGAAUUCACCCCAAGAGUUAUGUGUUCUCUCUCCCAAAGGAAAUGCAUAGACUGACCCUUUAGCCGCUAACAUGCUAACUGUGUGAGUGAUAUCCUCUGCCAGUCUUUGAUGGAUCUGGGGGGAGGUAACCUCUGGCCUGACACACAAACCUCAUUUCUGAUUCCUCCUUUAAUAUUGAUGAUAAUGUCAUUGUUGUGAAAUAGGAAUGAAGCUCUGUUCAGAGUGGGCUGAACAAAGGAUUUGACUUCUACCAAAUGGUUCAGACAGAUUUCAACACAUUAGAAUUUUUUUUCUUCUGAAAUGUUGAAUAUUUUUUUGCCUUUUUACAAUGAGAACAGAACAAAAUGAACAUUCUAAAUGCCUUUGAUGCUAUCGUCUGAUUGGACAGAGAUGGGAGGGGUGGGUGGGAAGUGAACGAUGCAGCUCUGGCCCCACCCACUCUGUAAGCUACUUAUCACUGUGAUGAUGAUGAUGAUGAUGGGGGCCAGGCCUGAUGCCUUUUCAAUGCAGCUUCUGUGUUAAACCUGAUAUUUUCUGUGCUUUGGUCUCUGCCAAAUGUAGGUUGGUUCUAUGUGGCUGGUUGGCACCUUGAGUAAUAUAGUAUGUCAUGUCCUGAACCAUUGAUAUUUACAGAGUUCUGGCUCUAUCCCAAAUCCCAAAUCUAUCUAUUCCCUGUCUCUGUGUCUGGAGAGAGAGCCAUAUCCCAGAUUCACAGCCCAGGGACAAUAAUUCCGGUGUCUAGAUUCUGGUAUGUUAUCCCCUCGGAGUAGCAUUGCACAUUGUUGGUUUUAAUCCAGUUGUGGUUUUCCAAAACACCGUUUUUAAAACAAGAACAAAAAUAAAUCUUCCUUUUCUAGAAA